AUGCUCAGGGGCCAGAUUGUGGAGAGUACGAAUGUUCCUCAUCUCCGUGAGCGCUUGCUGCUCGAAGGCUCUGGCCUUACCUUGGAUAGGACUCUGGCUCUCGCGCGUCAGUUUGAGCAAACACAGAAGGAAGUGAAACAAUUCCACAAGUACGAAGAAGAUUUUACUGCACAAGAAGUUGCCAAGCGAGGAUUCAAGCAGACUGCUAACAAGCAGUUCCGAACUGGUAAUAGACCAUCGGUACCGACGUCAGGCACACAUUGCUUUCGUUGCGGGUCGGCGGAUCACCUCGCGAACUCACCUUUAUGCAGAGCAAGAAACAAAAAGUGUUUGGCUUGCAAUAAGAUAGGACACACUCGGUCGGUCUGCCGAUCUUCUGGCCGAGUUCGUACAUUAACUUCGGAUCGAAGCACUUCUGGGUCGACCUCGCAAGACGACAGCCGAAUAGUACUCGAACUUGCAUCACCCGAAACGAGGCGCAAGACGGAAAUAUAUCUUACAGUAAACGUUGAAGGCACCAACGUCGAUUUCCUGUUGGAUACCGGUUCGUCAGUGCCCAUUAUGUCUGCAGCAAUUUACAACAAGCACUUUUCUGGCAUUACAUUGAGGCCGACGUCCAUCAACCUCUUCGACUACUCAAGAAGCCGCAUCGCUAUAGUCGGUUGCUUCCCAGCGUCAGUAACCCACAAGAACCGCACAGUGUGUGUGAUCUUCUACGUCGUUUCGAGCGGUACAACUCUACUGGGUCUUGACGCGCUCACCGCACUGAAACUUAGGAUCGACGGGCUCCACCUUACGUGCUCUAACACAGUAUCUACUCAGUUACCGUCAGUACUCGCUUCAGAUUUCGCACACCUGUUUGAUGGUACGCUAGGAAUUGCAAAGAACUAUGUGCACAAGGUGAAAGUGCGGUCGGAAGUCAAGCCCGUUACUGGUAAAUUGCGACGGCUACCACUCACAGUUCGCGAACAAGUUUCAGAUGAACUGCGACGACUAGAAGAGCAAGAUAUAAUAGAGAAGAUUACUGCGUCGGAGUGGGUAUCACCAAUCGUGGUGGUGAAAAAGAAAGAUGGCUCCAUCCGCCUUUGUGUGGACCUCCGGGAGCCAAACAAGGCAGUCAUACCAGAUUGUUUCCCCUUGCCCCAUACAGAUGAACUGUUAAAUGCCCUGUCUGGAUCUACGCGUUUCUCCAAGCUCGAUUUAGCUUCAGCAUAUUAUCAGGUUCCUUUACAUCCAGAGAGUAGGGAUCUAACAGCAUUUAUAACCCACGAUGGCCUCUACCGUUUCAAACGUGUAUGCUUUGGAAUUGCAUCCGCUCCGCAAGCGUUCCAGCUUGUGAUGUCACUCCUACUACAAGGCUGUCAAGGAGUAUUAUUCUAUAUUGACGACAUCUUCGUGUACGGGCGAACUGAGCAGGAGCAUAUGGACAACCUGCGAGCAGUUUUACAACGACUUUCGCAAGAAGGCUUGCGGCUCAACCACAAGUGCAUUUUUGACGUCCCCGAACUGACUUUCUUAGGACAUACUGUGAGUGCUCGAGGACUCUCACCUUUGCCAUCGGCUACGGAAGCCAUCGAGAAAGCCCCUCCGCCAACCGACAUAAAAUCUCCUCGGUCAUUUCUUGGCCUUGUCAGUUAUUAUAGCAAAUUUAUUCCGCAUUAUGCACAGGUCCUGGAGCCACUGAGGAAGCUCUUGAGAAGUGGAGAAUCAUUUUCCUGGACACAAGAAGCAUAA